AUGUUUGACAUCGUAUUCAUUUCCCCCAUCCUCACUGCAGGUCAAUUGUACUCAGACAGGCCAAGUGUGGCAUGUUCUAGAAGCUUAAAGGUAAGUUGUCUCUCAGUCAACCUUGUCGCGUUUUAAAAAGAACUACCCUACAAAAUUUGAUUUAAAUAUAUUGACGACGAUCCCAAAUUUGCGUUCUAAAACUGAUCAGUUGUCCAGAACAAAGCCUAGGCUUAUAUAUUUGAAGUUUUUUAUUGCUCAGUUCUUGUCGCUGUCAAAACCAUUACAGCUGGUAUAAAUUUCGCCUUCAUUUCGAGAUUUUUUCUUUUAUCAGUUAACAAAAGAUCUGGAAAACAGUUCAAAUUAUUUCUUUAACGACUUACUCCCGCUUCGAGCAAAAUUCGAGUCGUGUAUGAGUUAAAUAGGAAACUGACCGGGUUGUAUACUUUUAUAUAAUGCGAUCAAUUUUGUCACAAUAGUCUUAAGUAUUGCCGUGGUAAGGUAUGUGUAACGAACCUUUUAAAUUGUGAUUUGUAUGCAAUUCAGUGUGGGGGAAGAAGGGCUGGAUUUUCUGCGAUUUGGAGCCGGGUCGUAUACCAACUAAUAAAACUGUGAUAGUAAACUUGUAGUUUAUAAAUUACGUCAGGUAACUAGCAAUAAUUGUUUUCUUAUGCUGGUAUAAAAUCUUGAACUCAUCUAAACUGACAAAGAGGUUUUGCAACGUGGUAUACCAUUGUACCAUCAGUCAAUCCAGAAAAGAAUUUUUGUCGUUUUUCAUGUUAUUUAGGUCACUGGUCCUUAAACUUGUUUCGAACUUGUAACUUACCAAAUAAAAUGAGCGCCUUGAUUGGUCAGCUUGGUGUGAGCUAACCAAUGAGAACAUUUUACCUUGUUUUGACAUAUUCUUUCUACAAGCUUUUGAACGUGCUAAAAACAUGUUUUUAUGCUAAAGAUGACUAUACAAGAUGACAUAGAAGAUCAAUAGUAUUAAAUUUAAUACUUUAAACUAUUCAUCACUUUUUGCGGACACCGGACUACAGCCAUACAAGCAAUUUAAGGUUGCUACAUGUAUUUUAGUUGUCCUAGUUUUACUGUAUUAAGUAGCUAAAAAUUCAGUUCUUAAGAUGCUCAAUGUAAUUGUCCAAUUUUAAGUGCUCGUUUCAGGUUAGAUUAUCAACUUUCAACUGCGUUUGCUUUACCAGUGAAGAUAUUUCACAAGCAAUGGCCAUUUUUUCCAAUGUAAAUGUUUUCAGUUUAUUAUUUUUAAUCUAGUACUACGUCCUGUUUACGCGUUUUUACGAACAAGCUAAAAUUGGUUUUACAAAAGAUGAUUAUAAUCGCAUAGGUUGUUCUUUAUUUCUCAAACCUGAAAAAAGGAGAAUUGCGGAAGCCUAACGGAUUGAUUCCUGAAACCGUUUUGUUUUGUUUUGAUCUUUUUUAAUUCGAAAGAGUAAGAAUUCAAUAACUAACAAGAUUACUUGUCUAGUAGCCUUCAGUUCUCCUCGAGGAUAGUAUAGAGAGCAAGAAAAAGCGAAUACACGUAAAAAUCUUCAUUCUCCAUGAGAAGAAUUAAAAACACAGUUCUCUUUGUGGUGAUUGUUGAACAAUAUAUUGAUCCCAUAGUUUGAUUCUGCGCGAUCAUGCCAUUCUGUAUGAAGAUACCACUGGCCAUUAUGUUAUGGAUAGUACCGUUACUGCUGAUCCCUUUGUGUUCUGCGAAUAGUAAAAACAGCAGCAACAAGGUGAGUUUGAUUUGUUAAAUUUCAGAGGAGCGGGACUUUAUUUGAUUUCAGUGAUUAAUCGAGAAAGUGAAUGGUCGUUGAUUGCCGGCAUGCAUUUACCAGGAAAAAAGGAAUGAAAUUGGAUGGAAUCAAUGAAAGUAUAUAUGAGAAGGAUUUUUUUGAUAUCUAGACAUGUUUCAUGCCGCUUCACUUUAUACAUAUUAAUGGUAAAAUUCAAAAUCGAAAUGGAUAGUCCACUAGUCGAAUAAUGCAAAUUAACAGGAAAUGAAUAGUUGAACUCUAAUAAAAUGAUUAGUAGUUGAAUUGUUCCUCAACUGAACGAAUGAUGGACCUGAUAUUAUGUGACUGAGUGAAUCUAGCAGUGAGAGUCAUGUAGUGUCAGCGGCCUAAAGAAGACUCUUUCUCGCGAGUCUUGUUUUACUGUUCUUAGCUUAUACCGGCUUUUAUUUAUUUAUUUAUUAUUAGUCAAAAUUUAUUGUCAAUUAUUUAUUUACUUACUUUUCAAAUGUUAUUCAAGGAGCAAACAUACCAAGUGCAUAAAUUCCAAGUCAAAGAGAAUGAAUGAUGCCUUAAUCCUUUUUUUUUUUCAAAUUUCUUCAACAGAAUUCACAACAUGGCUCUUGUGGUUACUCGCCAUGUCUCUGCGCACCGGGUAUACCGGGCAUCCCAGGAAGCCCGGGACCCGCGGGACCAGCUGGUACAACGGGAUCACCCGGGAAUAACGGACCCGAAGGAUCUAUGGGUCCACGAGGAGUCAAAGGCGAUGAAGGACCCCGUGGAAAACAAGGACUUCCGGGCACCAAAAGAGAUACAGGGUCGAGGGGUCCAACAGGCCCACUCGGAAGCAAGGGUGAUGCAGGUCCCCCUGGAAGUCAAGGACCCCCUGGCCCCAAGGGACCACAAGGACCCUCGGGUCAAGCUGUACGUAAUUGGAAACAGUGCGUUUUUAAGAAUCUGAACGAUGACAGGGACUCUGGAUUGGUCAAGGUAAAAGCUAAAGUUUGCCUCAGAAUAAAAAGUUUAUCAGUACUUGGGUUUUAUUUAGAAAGAUAGAAUUCCAUUUGAAGGUCCUGUUCGCAAAUUUGCUUGGACUAACUAGAACCAGUAGCCCGUGCUGCUCAUUUCUUUAAUAAUUUAUUUCUUCUGCUUCCAACAUGAUGUAAAAUUUUAAAAAAUUCUUUUUUCGAGUAAAAUCAUGCAAAACAAAUGAUAUUAUAUAAAAGCACUUGUCAACAAUUUUAAUGUGAAUGGUAACACCAUCAUAGGAUUUUGUCCACAGAUUCAAGUGUCCGUUUACCGUACCCUUAUUGAAACCUGUCAAGUUACAGGCGUACAAAAUUUAAGUGGUACGCUCUCGUUGUUUUUCUUUUUCUGCUCAAUUUUCUUUGCGUCUUCCCCACUAUCUGCGGGCCGGGACAGGCAGCUACCCACCAUGUACUACAGCAUGAAAAAGUACCAAAUUAGGGCACGCGUAUUCUGAAGUUUAAAAGCCAACUGAUGUUUGCGUUUUUCACUGCCGUAACUCCUUUUGGCGGACCUCGUAGGAAACCGAAGUUUACGUCAACGGCUUCAAAAGGUCAUGGUUUGUGAUUUGUGAUUGGUAGAUUUCGAUCCGUUUCGUGUGUUUCUGUGUUUCAAGUUUCGUUGCUUGUGGUCAUGAUUAUGAUUCACGGCAGCGAAAAACGCAGUUAAGAAGGGGGCUUUUGAAAUUCAGAGUUCGCUUGUUUUUGAAAGGCUCAGGAAAAGAUGACCCCGAGAAUUCUGAAUUUGGUUGCUUUGUUUUUCAUUUCCUAUCCUUUCAACAGGAAUGUAUUUUCAAGAAAACGUCAGAUAACACAGGGCUGCGUGUCUACUGGAGUGUGCACCUCCGCAUCUAUAACUGCAACAGCUUUUGUAGGCGAUGGUAUUUCACCUUUAAUGGCGCAGAGUGUUCGGCACCAGCAGCUAUUGAUGCGACAGUCUAUAUGAAUCUCGGAGCUGGCAGCAGAAUAAACAAUUUGUACCGCCCACGUCACGUCGAAGGAGUUUGCGAUAAAAUUCACAAAGGUACUGUGCGCAUGGGAUUCUGGGUCGGCAACUGCUCAGGUUACGGUUCUGCUGAUGCCGCCACAGGCUGGAAAUCAGUGGCCCGGAUCUACGUGGAAGAAGUACCUCCCCCACAAGUUUAA